AUGGAUCUCGAUGGAUUUGAGAAUGAUGCUGAGCUCUUGUCGUCGUCUCUCCCAGCCAACCCCACAUCCAGAGAUGCUCUAAAGUAUCUCGACGAAGAGUGGUACUUCGGUACAAACAGAAGAGGGAGAUGGAUGGACCUCAUUGGAGAUUACGCUGGAUCCGAACUCUUUCUACUCGACGGAGAGGCCCUCUUCCAAUCAGUGCUCAACGAUCCGUUGUUAGCACUAGGUCGUCACGAUGACCCGAGUUUCCAAAACCUGCAUGCUGUCUGGUUGCUCGAAAGACUUUUGUACGAAUUCAAGUUUCGGGAUGCGACCUUUGAGAUCGUCUUCUGGCAAGGGUCUGUACCUUCGAUGACUUCCGGCGACUUCGUUGUUGCGUCACGGAUGCUGGCGCGUUCGAUGAUGUUUCGUCACCUGCUCAGCUUGACUAUACCUGUGCGCAUCUUCGAUAAUCUAGCUGAUGCAGAGUGGAUAGCCUAUCUUGACGGGAGAAAGCCGAUGUUUGUGAUGACCACCGAUGGAGGAGCUACAACGUAUGGUGAUGCACUCUUGACCAUGGACGCAAAUCGCAUUCUGCUACAGCGUGUAUUUAUAUUUGAUCUCUUAGCUCAAGGUUGUGCUGUAUCUUUGCUUCAAGGUGCUGAGUAUCGUGAUUCAAAGUUCACGGGCGAACUGCUAUGGAUCUUCGUGGCACAUAUACUCAUCUUGCCAACAUUAUCACUACAAGAACGAGCAAGACGCCUGGAUAUACUUCAUCCCAAGCUCCAAAAUAUCCUUAUGACGGCAUUCCUGCCCAGUGUCUUCAUCGAGCUGGAGCAUGCUCUGCCCAGCAUCGGCGAUCUUGAUCUCGACGGACAUGUGUUCGUUGCAUUGCUCGCCUUUCUCCUCCAAAGCCCUCCCACGACAUUUAGUGCGCUCCUUGGGGAGGAUGUCGUGACGCAACUAGAUGCGGUCUGGUCGAGUCUCGAUCUCCCGCCCAUCGAUUUCCGGCCACUUGCCGCUCGUUUUCCAUGUUCCUUAACGACAACACAAGUCAAAGCGUCUCCAAUACAAGUACGAGGCCUGCUGCCGUUCACACAUCCCUUUUUCGAUGAUCAACUUGCGCCCGUUCAUGUCGAUGCCGUUGUCGAGACCGCCCCCACUACUCGCAUGUCGUUCAAUACCGUCUUCAACGACAAUUACCAUUGGCAUAACAGCCGACGCUCCAUUUUGCCACCUCAUCUAGGAGGUGAGGAUUACAAGCCGAUGGACGAGCGCCAGCGCCGCAGGAAGCUUCGUAGUGACCAGAGAUUUAUGGCAUCUCUGGAAUGGCAGGCUCAGACCUUGACAGGCGCCUUUGGUACUCCUAUUCAGCGUCAGAUCAUCUUGCCCGUACGGUCUGGCAAGGGGGGCUCGAAGAGUACUACCUCCACGAAGCGGUUAGAGGCAGACGUACCUAGACCAAACAAGAAGGGCAAGCCAGAACAUGUGUCUUCUGCGGACAAAAUUAGGCAGGCCAACGCCGCUAAAAAGCAGACAAAAGAUGACGAGUCAAACCAGGGCUGGUGGCAAGAGCAGCUGAAACGAUGUUUAGAGGGAUCCGUAUCGCACCAGCUCAGCUUGAUUGACAAUCUUCUCCGGAACAAGCGCACACAAACUGGGUGGUUAGCGGUGGAAAUUCGGCUCUACCUGUUGCAUUUGGAGUUCUCCCAGUGGAUCGAACGCUCAGAUCGGGAAUCACUAGUUGUGCGUGAUGCGACCGUCGUUAGAAUCUUAUGCAUCGCCAAAGACGCGUAUCGACAAACUCACUUAUUCCCGACCGCGAUCACCCUUCUUGAUUCAGCUCUUGCCGCUGUAGGCUUCUCUGCGCUCUCGUCCGAUUUACGCCUCUCUGCUACCCUGGUCAAGGACAAUAGAGCUCUGGCUUUCAAAUUCGUCAAGGUUUUGAGGUCGAAGACAGGGUCACCGGUCCAUAAGUAUAUGCGCAUCGAUGAGGAUCUAUUCGCCUGGCAACUACGGCACUUCGGCGACUACAUGGACAGAAGCAUGGACAGUCAAACGGACCGCAGAGUCUCAUUCAAACCCGAUGCUUGGCAACGUGAGGUAUUAGACUGCUUAGACAGAGACUACUCAGUGCUCGUCGUCGCUCCCACAAGUGCCGGCAAAACAUUUAUCUCAUAUUAUGCCAUGGAACAAGUGUUGAAGACCUCUGACGAUGGCAUACUAGUAUACGUUGCGCCAACCAAAGCUCUCGUCAAUCAGAUUGCUGCAGAGGUAUACGCCCGUUUCAAGAAGGACUUGAAAGGGAAGAGCUGCUGGGCAAUUCACACCCGUGAUUAUCGCGUACACGACCCGCAAAACUGCCAAAUUCUAGUCACUGUGCCUGAGAUGCUUGCUAUCAUGUUGUUGUCGCCUCCGUUAGCUCGUUCGUGGACACCGAGAAUCCGACGGAUCAUUCUUGACGAGAUUCACUCUAUUGGCCAGCAAGAAGGCGGUGCGGUAUGGGAGCAGAUCCUCCUGCUCGCUCCUUGUCCAAUUAUCGGUCUUUCGGCAACUAUCGGGCACCCGGAGCGUUUCAAUGCAUGGCUUCAAUCCGUGCAAGAAGCGCAUGGCUUCAAACACUCAUUCAUCCACCACCCGCACAGGUACUCUCAUUUACGCAAGUUUACAUACGUCUUACAGAACAAAACUGAAUCGCCCUUCGCCGGACUCGCAAAGUAUUCCGACACAAAGCGUGUUGCCUUCUUGCAUCCAGUUGUCAUGCUCUCGUUUGGUGUGACUGAGCUACCUCCCGACUUCUCGCUAGAGGCAUCGGAUUGUCUGUCUCUAUUCGAGGCAUUCAGAAAAUUCCACAAUGAUGUGCCAUUUGAUGUAGAAGAACUGGAUCCGUCGAAAUUCUUUGCGACAUCCGAAGUCAAACUGCUGAGGCAGCAAGACGUGUUGCGGUAUGAAGGGGCUUUGAAGACUAAUCUUGCACAUCUUCUCCACUCUCCUCUGUACACAUCUGUCCUCCACUGCAUCACAGAUCACCUCACAGAUCCUUCGGUGAGAGAACUCGACCUUCAAUUCGAACCAACCGCCCGUGAAUUCUAUGGCAAUCUCAUAUAUCUCGUAGCUGAUCUACAUGGCAGUGGCGAUCUGCCGGCCAUGUUGUUCAACUUCGACCGCAAAGCAUGCGAACUCAUGGCACAGGUGCUAUUGAAAACGUUGCAAGAUGCGGAGAAAACUUGGCGUUCACAGGAUGCAGCGUGGAAGCGCAAAAUUGAGCAAUGGGAAGCGUGGAAAAAUCAAGCAAAGAAUCGUGAACGACAAAGGGAGCGACAGCUCCGGCAGAAGCGGGACCCUGACGAUGCGCAAUUCCAAGACUCCUCGACUUCGUGGGAAAGCCGCUUCAAUCCGUCUGACCCAUCCCCGGAGUUUUCGUUUGCUGGAGUAUCAACCUCGAUAUCGAAGGAGGAACUGGAAGAGGAAAUGGCAGACCUUGCUCGAUGGUCAUCUGUUCCUGUGUGGGCUCUCAUAGCCUUGCGACGUGGAAUUGGGGUUCAUCAUGCGGGUAUGAACAAGCGUUACAGGUCCCUCGUCGAGAGCCUAUAUCGCAUUGGUUUCUUGAAGGUUGUCAUUGCCACUGGCACGCUCGCGCUGGGCAUCAAUGCACCCACCAAGACAUCUAUUUUCUGUGGGGAUUCAGCUUACUUGACUGCUCUAGUGUACCGACAAUGUGCUGGUCGUGCUGGGAGACGUGGCUUCGACCUACUAGGAAAGAUCGUUUUCUACGGUCUGCCUAUAGAUCGAUGCCAUAGACUGGUAUUGUCGCGGCUGCCAUCCCUUGGCGGCAAUUGGCCGUUAACAAUCACCAUGAUUUUGCGUUUAUUCAAUCUCUUGCAAGGAUCCGACAAUGCGCCCGUUGCUGUUAAUGCUAUACGCGGUCUCCUACAAUUGCCCCAGGUCGGCUUCUCAUCUGACUUUGGAAAACAACAAAUCCUGCAUUUCACGCGCUUCAGCAUCGACUACCUUCGGCGAGCAGGUCUGCUGGACGACAAGGGGAACCCUGUUAAUCUGUUCGGCAUCGCGUCUCAUUUAUACUAUCAUGAACCCGGCAAUCUUGCACUCGUCGCUCUAAUCCGCCAAGGAGUCCUUCACAGGAUUUGUGGGCAGAACAGCAGGAUUGCGGCCCAGAGGGAGUUUGUACUCCUUAUGUGCCAUCUCUUCGGGCGGCGUUACCUUCCGAGAUCUUACGCGUCGGACGAGAAUCUCCAGCAGCUUAUCAAAAAGUCACCAUCGAUGGUGAUAUUACCUGCGUUGCCCAAGGAUGCGAAGAAGGUGCUACAACAGCAUGAUCGCGACAUCUUGAGCGUUUUCUCCGGCUACGCAAUGACAUACGCAACUCAGCAUAGCGAUACCCUGGGCCCCGACACCGAACUGCCAUUGAGCGGAAGCAUUCGAACUCGUCCAUCGUCUUCGUCGACUCCCUUCAAUAUACAUCUGCGACGAUCUGCCAUCGACGUCCGUGUACGCUCCUUGUUUACCGCUAAUUCAGGACACGAGGAUACAUUCAACACCGUCGAAGAGUUGUCGCAGACCGCUCGGGACAAGAUGCAUCUCAAUCGAUAUGCCAUUCCUGCGAUGACCAAAUUCAUUCCCUCCAAGGAGAAAAGCAGCCUCGUGCUCAAUGCGUACCUGCUGGACUUCUUCAUCCAUGGCCAGACCGCUGCGCUGAAAAAGGCCAACGGUAUCAGAGGAAAUGACGUCUGGUACUUGCUGGAGGACUUUUCUCUGACGUUGAAAACCAUUCGGGCUAACGUCAUCAGGCUCUUAGAGGCAGCGUCGAAACUCACCACCACUGAUGCUGGUCUCGAAGAAGAUGACGAAAAAGAUGACGAGCUCGACAGCGGAUACGGAACUUAUGAUUCGGGUGAUAUUGGAGGGGAGGCCGAGGAACAGACGCGUCUUCCUGGCGUGUCGGACGAAGACUGGCGUGUUUACGAGGUUAUACAUGCAGUCACAGAGGAGUUUGAGACGAAAUUCAAGGCAAUGUGGGCGUAGUUCUCUCAAGUCAAUGCAGAUAUUAGCUUGUUCAAAGAGAGUAUACGUUUUACAUGACCAUCGCGUUUUCAUCUUACACACACAUUGUAACAUGCUCAAGCUGUGGAGGAUUAAAGGUCAAAAGCAACUUGAUAUAUAUCAAAUAUCUGCAUGC